AGUUUACUUUAGACUUUAAAAUAAUAGUUUUUUUUAAAAAUAUUUUAAUGAAUAAUAGAUGAUCAAAAACGAUAAAUAAUAUUUUAAAUAAUUGUGAAGUUGACUUUUUUUAAAGUUAAAGGUUUAUUUUGUAUUACCUAUGCAGUUAUGCAGUGUAUCAAUAUUUAGUGAUUUAUAUAUAAACAUUUUCUUCGUUUAAUUUGAUUAAAUUUAUUUAUUUAAAUUAAAUUUAUUGAUUGCUGAGUUAUAAAAAAUAAGUAAGUAAACCCAUAUAAUAAUAAAAAUGACAAAUUUCGAAAAUGCAACCGGAAUACUGACAAGAGAAUGCCUGAGAACUCAGAUUUGUGGUGAAGGUGAAUGGCCAAAAAAUACUGUAUUAUAUCAGCCCUACGAAACAGAACAAAUAUUGAUGCCCGAGAGUUCCGAAUGUCUGGCGGUGAAAACGUUUUUAAAAAUGUUAAAUUUGGAUUUUAUCGUGGAGGCCAGAGAAAAUGCCGAAUAUAUGUCACCACAUCGAGGCAAAGUACCGUUCAUUAAAGCUGGCCAAUUUUUAAUUGCUGGUUUCGAGCCAAUUGUUAACUUUGCCCAAACCAAAGGUUAUUCGCUGUCUACUCACUUAAGUGAAACCCAAAAGUGGGAUUUGCGGGUUUACAUGUCACUAGUAUACAACAUUCUUCUAAAUGCCGAGAUUUAUGUAACAUGGAAUCACGAGUCAACUUAUAAAGAAAUAACAAAGCAGAGGUAUAGUUCAGUUUAUCCAUUUCCCUUGAACCAUUUAGCUACGUACUAUAAACGACAGUCCAUGCUAUCGCUUUUGGAAGUUUUAAAUUGGAAAAAGAAAACAUUAGACGAAGUGUUCAAAGACGUAGACAAAAUUUGCGAGUCAUUGUCGAGCGUUUUGGGAAAUAAGAAGUACUUUUUCGACGAAAAACCGACUGAAUUAGACGCAUUAGUGUUUGGACAUUUGUUUACAAUCAUUACAACACCGUUAUUGAACAACCGUUUCGCCACUACUGUAAGAAAUUACGAUAAUUUAGUGAAACUGUGUGUUCGUAUUGAAACAGAAUUUUUUCAGUCUAGAACUUUGUAAUAAUAAUAUUAUAGUUUGCUUAGAAUACAAUUGUUAUUUUUCGAGUACCGAAUUUGUAAAAUAAAAAAAGAGAACAGAAGUAUUGUAUGGAA